AUGAGCACGCCGCUCGCCGAGUACCUGUCCGCGCUGGACGCUCGUGAUGCGCGCGAGCGAGUGCACGAAGUGUACCUCCACGCCUACACCCGGCUGGCCGACCGCACGGCUGCACAAGCACAAGCACUGCAGCAUGCGUCUGCAUCCACAGACGACCACAACACCGCGGCCAGCGACGGCACAGGCACCGCCAGGGGCAAAGGCUCGCCCGCCCCUCUCGACACGCCGUCUUCUGCAGCACUCGUCCAGCUCCGCUCGGAACUGGCUGCCACCCAGAAGACGCGCAGCAGCCUGGAAGCCGAGUUGAGCAGCCUCAGCGCCUCGCUGUCCGCGCUGCAGGCGUCCGACGCGCAGCAGAAGCAGCGCAUCGCCCAGCUCGAGAAGCACAGGGCGCACCUCGAACGGCGGGGCAAGGACAGGCAGGAGGAGCUGAAGGGCAAGGGCCGCUUCGUGGAGGAGGUGCAGGAUGAGAUGGUCGCGCUGAACCUGCAGCUCAACAUGGCGGAGCAGGACAAGGACCGGCUGCAGAAGGAGAACGCCGAGUUGACGAGACGGUGGGUCAGCAAGAUGGAGGAGGAGGCGAGCCGGAUGAAUGCGCAGAUGGGCUGGGAGGAGCAGGGCGGGCGCCGGAAAGGUUCAAAGGGCUAG